UACACUGAGACGCUAGGAAGUGUUAACAAAAUAGUUUUUUAUCGGAAAAUAUUCUUAGUGUAGUUAAAAAUUUGGUGAUCUUUUAAAUUGUAAUUUCUCGAUACGUGUAUGUGCAGAAAAAUUCUUUUACGGUUGUCAAAACGCAAAAGUGUCGUUGACCAGUGUAGUUAACCGCUUGAUAUACGUGCGUGUUUCUAAAUUAAUCGCGGUAAUGAGAAUACGCCUAAAUACUACCAUUUUGCUCGGUAGCGACUUGUGCGGGACAAUUGUGAAACUUCGCUACCAUCAAGCAAGCUGGUUGCGCCCGAGUAUGUAAGGAAUCCUGUGAUUGGCUGCUUCCUGAAAUUCAACCGACAGAACGAGAAAACUCACCAAUAACGGCGGCGCUUCUACAGUUGUAAUCCCGUUAGAAGUGUAAUUACCACUGUCCAUUUGACGAAGAUUUGUUGCGCUUCUCAACUGGCAACAUCAUGACGUCAACAAAGUCUAAGGAGAUAGCGGAUGAGUAUAUCUCAUCGUUGUCCGACCUUACGAUCAAUAGCAAGCCAUUAAUUAAUAUGCUUACUAUGCUGGCAGAGGAUAAUAUUGAACAUGCACCAGCAAUUGUGCAAGCGGUUGAGAAUCAUCUGCAAAAGGUGAGAAGUGACAUCAAAUUACCUGUUCUAUAUUUGAUCGAUUCGAUUGUGAAGAAUGUAAACGGAGCAUAUUUAAAUCUCUUCACACAAAAUAUUGUGAACACAUUUUGUGGAGUAUUCGAGAAGGUGGACGAAAACACACGAGCCAGCAUGUGGAAGUUGAGACAAACGUGGAACGACGUUUUCCCUGCGAAGAAGUUGUUUUCCUUGGACGUACGGGUGCAAAGUAUUGAUCCUGCCUGGCCAAUCACUGCCUCCCCUACCAACGUUUCUUCGGGAUCUAUUCACGUAAAUCCCCGAUUUUUCUCUAUGCCUCAACAAUCUACAACCUCGAUCGUAUCUCAACCAAUUGUAGCACCUGUUAAGAUGCCUCCGGGUGAUCCUGUAACGCCGACAGAAGCUGCAAUGCGAGAACAGUUACUAAAGAAACAACGAGAAUUAUUAGAAUUACAGAAGAAAAAAAUUGAAUUAGAAUUACUUCAGGCUAAAGCUAAUUUGGAACAACAGCAACGGCAGCUGGAUAAACAGGCAGGAAAUUUGAAAGCCGAAUUGGUCGCGGCUACGACUCAAGUUACACCCAGCGUGGAUACUACAACGCAAGGAAAAUCUGUUGCACUACCUGUGCCACCUCAACCACCAAAACCAGCAGCAAAACAAUUUCCAGCAGCAACUGCUUCGCUCUUGAAAAAUGCGGGUACGAACAAUGGUCCACGAAUAGCGCCGGCUAGUAGUAUAGCAGUAGCAUCAGCUAAGCCUGUGUCUCGUGAUCCAAGAUUAAAAACUACACCAGCUCAAGAUGUAGCAGUAUCAAGCGUGGAUCCACGGCAGCGAAUAAGUACACCAACACAAAAGGAUACGCGGGGUGAAGGCCAAACGCAGCUAGCGGCAAAUUCAAACACUGUACUUUCAGAUCAAUUAAAACAGCAGUUACUUUCGAAACAGGCUGUGACUAGCACUAUCAACAAGUCUCCAACAAAUCUUGCCGGCUCCGAUACUGCGACGAUAAACGCUAGUAAUAACAAUAAUGCUAAUACGAACCUCAACAAUAAUAACAAUAAAAAUUUCAGUGGUAACGCAAAUAAAGAUGCUGUGUCGCAUCGAACAAGUCAAAAGAAAGACCCUCGAUUGUCUAGUAAUAGUAGUGGUAACCUAAACAGUAAUAGUUCCAAAGGUUCUCAGAUUCUGUCUGAGAUAAUUAGUAGUUCGGCGACGUUGCCCGUCAGCUGUAGAGGAAGUGGGAGCAGCGAUUCUAAGACGAAAGACUCGAAGGGCUCCAACUCACGGAGCUCUUCGUCGUCGGUGAUCGACAAAUCUUCCACUUCCUCCAAAUCUUCGCAUAGGAAAAUAAUUAACAAGUCGCGAUCUAAGCAACCUCAGACAUCUCCGAAUAAGAUACCGAAAAUCGACAGAGACGUAAGUCCUGUUAGGUCGAAAUCUCGUGAAAAGGACAGUGGAGACAGUUCACCAUCCUCGCGUACCUCUCCUCAAUCCUUUCAAACUUCUAAAAAUCGGAAGAAGAACACCAAAUCGAGAAAGCGCAGUCCAAGCCCUCCAUAUAGAAUUCCCAGGCGUAACGAUUUAAAAUCGAAUUCAAGUGUAAGCAGUUCCGGCGGUGUUACUGAGGAGGAGCAAUCUGGUUCGCUGAUAGUCUCUCCUCCUCAUCCACCCGCGUUCAAAGAAAUUCGUCCAAACGCUAGACAAAGAAAUUACGUAAGGCGAAACAAGGACGGCAGUCUUAGCCCCGAGCAGUCUCCAGCAAAUGCUGGAAACGCUCAGACCGCUGCGGAACCAACUUUGGAGUCAUCCAGCAAAGACGAAGACUUGAGAGCAACGCUACCUCUUGCAGGUGCAACUGCUUCCGUGUCAGAAAAGAAAGAAGACUUAGAUUUACGCGUGUUGCCGCCGCCGGUUAAUACCAAUAAAAGGCAAAAUACUGAACACAUGGAACCAGCUAUAACUAAGAAAACGAAGACCGAAAAAUUUGACGCACUAUUUGGGAACGAAGAUGUUGAUCUGCGAACUCUAACUCAUCCUAAAGCUGGACGACCGCCGACACCACCUCCACCAGUGAUAUCCGGUGAAGAUGGCAAAGAUGGUUGGGCAAAGUUGAAGACACCAUCAAAGAACGACAGGGAUAAACAAGCCAAUAAUACCGAUGACAAAAGGGAUAGUAGAGACCGUAACAGAGACAGAUUGGGAAGACUUAGGCUUUACAAUAAGCUGCCGGACGAUCCUAAAGAGAGAAGAAGAACGUUGUCUAAUGAAGAUCAAGAUAAUAGGCCCGGACGAAGAGGUCGAGAGAAUGACAAACCGGAGAGAAAUGAAGACAGAAAUAUUGAGAUAAUAAUGAAACAAGCCGCUGAACAGUUGAAUCAAGGCUCUAUUACUAAAACACAAUACAAUACCCUGAUUCAAGAAGUUUUACAUAUGAGCGAGGACCGCAAAUUGAGAGCUGCGCAACGCAAAGAGAAAGAAGUAGGUUCAAUAGUCUGGGAGAAGGGUGUAAAUUUGGAUAUAGCUAGUUCUGGUGAUCGUGCAUCAACCUUCAGUCCUUCGAGCGAUAAAGAAGUGAUGAGGAGUAAAGAUCAUCCGCUUCCACGGAACACGAAUGGGCCGAGGUGGCAAACUCAACCAUGGCAACAACCAGGACCGUGGGCACAUCCACCAGGUCCAGCCUAUGGUCCUCAAGGACACUUUAAUUCAGACUUUAGACCUGUUGGCCCCUGGCAAAAUCCAAGACAUUUUGGGCCAAUGCGUCCAGAUUAUCAAUACCACGGUGGUUUUAAUCAUAAUCUCGGCCCGAAUCCCCGUUUGGGACCUGGAAUCAUGGGACCUAUGGGACCAAACGGACCUCUCAUGUCGAAUCUUUUACCUAACGGUCCAAUCGGUCCGAUAGGCAUGCCUAAUCCGCCCAUAUCACUGUCAGGCAUAAACGGACCCGGCAUGAUGAUGAACAAUGGACCAAUAUCGAAUCUUAUCUCGAAUCCAAGCAUAACUUCUUUAGCUACGAGGAACGUAUCACCAAGUUCGACUUCGAAGUUCGAUCUUGAAGACAGCGAUCAAAAUUAUUCAAGUGCAAUGGCGAAGAAUUCGAAUCCUCACAGCCGCGAAUUACCACCGCCGGAUCCAAAAUUGUUGGAUGACAUUGCAAGGGAUACCAUGAAAUCUAUAAACAUCGAUAAUAUACCUCGUGAAAUUAGAUAUUAUGGACAGACCGGGGUAGUUUUCAUGAACUGGGAUGAUCCGCGGGAGAUUGGAUUCCAGGACGGCAUAAGACGUAUUUUAAUCGACGACAAAGACACUGUAACUUGCGCAUUUAACGAUCAAUACAAAGAGUUCAUGUACGAAGGCGAAGUUCAUAGAAUUAAAUUAGGCGCGCCCACGAGAGAAUUGUAUGUCGAUGACCGCUGGUACGAAUGUUAUUUCGGUGGUAUGCCUAUAACGAUAGAUCUGGGCGGUAAGAAAGUCAGUAUCAAACUUGAAGGACCGCCGCCGCAAGUCAAGAUUGGUACUGUAAAGAGAACCGCCUUGGUAGUCGCCAAGAUUAAUCUCAUCAUUAAUGCCAGGAACAUGGUGCCCGUCUUUUUGGACUCGAAACCACAAAUAUUUGAAAUCGAAGGAAAGCCUCAUACACUUGAAUUUAUAGACUCGCUGCAAACAGUUCUUUUGAAUGGACGUCCGUUCAAAGUUGAGUUCGGAGGACUGCCGAAGCCUAUUAUUGUUAGGGACAAGAAGCAUUUUAUAAGAUUUUCGGUGUUGCCAAGAGGGGUUCGGCCUGGUUACGUUAAAAUAGCCGGCAUGCGAGGCGAGGAACCAAUCGAAUCGCCACCUACGCCGCCUACAGUCUUGGCGCAGAAACCAAAAGUGGAUGCAACUACUGCACCAGCACAAUUCUCUACCGUCGAACCGGAAUCUACCUCGCAGGACGGCUCUGAUCUUCGAUCUACUCCUAAACCGGAUUUACAGUUGGAUAUGUUAUCUUCGGUUUUACCAUCCGCAAUGGCGCCAGCGUCUGGUUUGUCUUAUCAAGCGGAACCAGCGGAAAAUCCACCAGCCGCCGCUCCAGCAUUAUCGUUACCAUUGAAUAUGAACGAGCUGUUCCAAAGACUGGUUGAAACGGGUAUUGUACCAAAUCUCACCGAGCAAAAGAAACAAGAAGAGGAAGAAAAGAAGGAACCGGAAAUUAUGCCUGUCUCGUUCGACAAGCCUGAGACGCUGAAAGUUAAACAACCGGCGAUUUCGGCAGCACUAUACAGCGGCAUGCAGUGUAGCUCUUGCGGUGCUAGAUUCGCGCCGGAAUUGGCUACCCGGUACAGCCAUCAUUUGGAUUGGCAUUUCAGACAAAAUAGACGGGAAAGAGAUUCAGCCAGGAAAGCUCAUUCGCGGCCAUGGUAUUAUGAUGUUAGCGACUGGAUACAGUUCGAGGAGAUUGAAGACUUGGAAGACAGAGCACAAAGUUGGUUCGAAACGGAAAAGCAAACUGCGGAUACAGAAGGUAUUGCAGCAGAAGAGUCCCCGCAGGAAGCAUUGCAACCUAGUGUUCCUACUGGAUCCGACGAGGAUUCCAGAUGUCAAGUGUGCCAUGAUGCAUUUGAACAGUUUUACAACGAAGAAAAAGAGGAGUGGCAUUUAAGACCAGCGAUUAAUUUCGAAGGAAAAAAUUACCAUCCGCUGUGUCUAGAAGACUACAAGGAAAAGAGUCUUGUGAGAGCUUUGGAAAAGUCUGCGCUAGCGCUUGAGGAGACCAUCGAAGAAAUGGAGGACGAAAAGAAAGAAAGUUCCGAUGAAACACUCGCGGAAGAAACUAAGACUGAAGAAUCAAAUGCAGAAACGAUGAAUGUCGAAAAUGAAACAACAGAAGCACUUGACGAAGCGAUAGAAGAGAUCGUUCAAGAAGAGUCUUCUGAAGCUAUUCAUAAAGAAGACGAAGAAGAAGAAGCAGAGGUUGAAGGCACGAUGGACAUAGAGCAGAACGAUAAAGUAGAAGAAGAGCAAGAAUCACAAAAUAAUAACGAGGAAUCUGUUGACGCUGAAAACGUGGAUAAAGACGUUGUACCGACGACUGAAACAGAAGAAUGUCAACCAGAAACUAUUGCCAAUUCCUUCGAAAAUAUUAAAAUUAAGGAAGAGCCGAUCGAUGAACCCGAAGAGCAAUUGGAAGAAGAGCAAUUCGACUAUGCAGGAGUUGAUUUCAGCAACGUGGAAGUAAAAGAAGAACCUACUGAUCCAGAACCAGAUCCAGAAGAGAACAUAAUUGCUGAGCGUGCAUCGGUGGACACAACGUACGCUGCUGUGAAAAGUUCCAUAGACGGAAACGUUGAAUUAGAUUCUACGCCUGCGGCAAUUCCAGCGGCACCAUCUCGAAUAAAAAUCAACAUUACGAAGCCGUUGUGUAUCAACAAAGAGCCGGAAGAAUCGAAAGAGAAAGAGAAGCCUGUAGUCGAAACACCCGUUGAAGAAGUAACGGAACCUUUGGUGCCUGCCUCCGUGAAACCUGCUUUGCAAGGUAGAAAAUUGUCCAAUUUACCACCCGUGGAAAGAGGGCAAGAGUUAUCGGGACUCUGCUCGAUUAUGUAAAUAGUACCUGUAAUAUAUUAUCCGUACUUGAGAUGCGUAUGUACGUAUGCAAGGCAUUUGUGUGGAAUAUCUUGAAACCGAGUUCUGUGCAUAGCGCUACUUACGAUUUAAGUAUUCACGCGUUAUACACCUCGAAUUUGUGCAACUUAUACGACCUGAUGAUAUGCUGACAGAAUAUUUUUUUUUAUUCUCCUUUUUUUUUUUAUUGUUCGAUUCAUUCUUACGGUGUGAGUGUUUCAUAUAUAUAUAUAUAUUUGUUUUUCAUUCCGACAUUUCACAUACUUGUCCUUAUCAUGAUUAUUUCUACCUUUCGACUGCCAAUCACGAAUGCAAAAAUUAGGCAUAAUAUCCUUAUUUCUACAUACGUUAUGUAUCAUGUCGUAUAAGUUAUAAUGUGUGUGUAAUACAAUGCGUUUGUACGUAUACGUGUAGGUGUGAACGCACGCGCGUGUGUGUUUAGUCCUUCAUUUUUUUAAGUUUUAAUUAAGUCGAAAGAAAGCGAAUAAGAACUGUACAUAUUUAAUGUAAUGGACUCGAUUUAAUUAGAGCGAGAUACACGAUGGUCAAAGUAGCAUUCCCGAACACGAGAAGUGCAAUCGCGUUUCGUGACAGACAGUUGUCGGAAAUGCACUAUUGAUAUGCACAAGAGACUAUGACUUUCAUACCGUUUAUACUUUGUAAAAAUAUUCGAAAGGUACUCAAUGCGAUUGUUUAUUAGAGGUGUAAAAUCCCGAUUUCAUUUCACGAGAACGAAAGCAAGCUCUUGCAAGAAGAACCAACGAGAGAGAGAGAGAGAGAGAGAGCGCGAGUGAGAGUGAGAUAUUACCCAAUUCAGUUAGAUGUACAAAUUGUGUGAUAUAUGAAAUUGUUGAUUAUGAUGUACAUAAGAAAAGAUCAACAUUAAAAUAAUCGCGACGAUAUUGGGUAAGGAAGAAAAACAGUUACUAUUAGAGGAGGAUUAUUUUGUUGUAUAAAAAGAAAUCUUGUUGAUUAUUCGGGGUCUUGGCUACCUUUGGUUGCUUAUUUAUAAUCCUAAAUUUACCUUUCAAAAAAAAAUCCCUUAAGAUAGUCGUAAUUGCUGAAAAAAAUACCUUAGAAGUUUAAAUUUUUAACUACAUGAAACAUUUGAACAAAUAAACAGAAGGUAUUGAUAAGAAAGUUAUUCUUUAGUUGAGAUUUAUCUCGAUAUUCAAUAAAACUUAUUUUUAGAAAAAAAAACCGUGAGUAUGUAUUAAAGUUACUGUUUACUCCUUGUCCUUAGUAUAGUGAAACUUUGUAACAUUGGACGUUUUAGAUUACACUGCAAUAAAUUGAAUAAAAUUGUGCUUUCUUUACACAA